CAUACAAAUGACAGAAAAUGAUUUGACGUCAGUGCAGUAAAACUGUAAGAAAUUUGUAAAAGCGAAGAUGUAAUUUCAAAAAGAAUAUAAUACGUAUUUAUCUCGGACUGACUCUCGACCGGAUUAACAUUUCCUUCCGAUAUUUAUGUGACACCGCGAAAUAUCGUUUUGUCAGCGUAAAUGUCCUGCAAAGUUGCGUACUCGCAAACGUCAUGUCCACACCUGAGGACCACCACUGAUAUUCCAUUACAUGAAUUACUAAAACAUGCCGAGAAAAUCCAAUGUGCGGAUUGUGAAUGUACGGGGCCCAACCUGUGGAUAUGUUUACAACAUGAUUGUUUGAAGAUUGGAUGUUCUGAACAGUCAAAUGACCACAACACUUUACAUAAUGCGUCAAAUCCAUCACAUUGCGUUCACAUGAACUUAACAACCCAUAGAAUUUGGUGUUAUGAAUGCAAACGCGAAGUAUUUUUAAGAUCUUCUCGAAAUGGCGAAACAAACAUCGAAGGUAAUGGAGAUCAAGAUCCUAAAAAUCACCACCAAUUCGCCUCGCAAACCGAUGAUUUCCGUUGGAGGAUUGGCAAUGGUGGGUUUGAUCGUGUCGUUGGUAUGGGGGGUGAUACCUCCGAAUCAAGCGACGCCGAAGAUAGUUCAAUUGUCCCAACACCAUCCUCAUCAAAGCCUCAAGGUUUAGUGGGUCUACAAAAUAUCGGAAACACUUGUUAUUUAAAUGCAGCGCUCCAAGCGCUAAGUAAUACAACCCCUUUAACAAAGUUUUUUCUCGACUGCGCUUCAACGGUGUUAAUUCUUUCCGAUGGUCGUAAACCGGGGUUAUCAAGAACAUAUCAAAUGUUAGUUAAAGAUAUGUGGUUAAACAAAAAUGGAGGUUAUAUUAACCCUCAAGGGAUUUUGUAUGGUAUCCGAAACGUUUAUCCAAUGUUUAGAGGUUAUCAACAACAUGAUACGCAAGAAUUUUUAAGAAAUUUUAUGGAUCAAUUGCACGAAGAGUUGAAGCAGGUUGCGGUGCCGGAUGUUAAUCCUUUGGAUUUGGAUAUGUUAAGUGGUUUGGUGACGGAAGAUACGGCGGUGGUGGGGGGUGCUCUUGGGACGAAUAAUAAUUACGAUUCAAUUGAAUCGAGCGAGGGGGAGUAUGAAACGUGCGAUUCGGGUGUUAGUGAACGGUCGAGUUUAAGCGAUGAUAAUGAGAGACCUACAACUGCCACUCAAGGAGCAUCUAGCAUUCCAAAGAGGCGAUCAUCGAGAUCGAUGAGCCCUAGUCGAAGAUUAAGAGCCAAAUUAGCCAAUAGUGUAAUUGAAAUUCAACCAUCUUCAUCACCUUCUUCUUUAACCAAUAACAACAAAAAACAAAUAAAAUACAAAUCAAUAAUAUCGGAUAUAUUCGACGGUAAACUGUUAUCAACCGUACAAUGUUUGACGUGCAACCGUGUUUCCAGUCGUAUUGAAACCUUUCAAGAUCUUUCGUUACCGAUACCGUCUCGAGAUCAUCUCGCCGUAAUCCAUGGACGGAACGUUGUCGCUGCGACGCCUGGCGUCGGUUCAACAACUUGUUCCGAAGCGGUACUUCCGGUGGAUAAUGGUUGGAUUACGUGGAUCGUAACGUGGUUAAAAUCAUGGUUUUAUGGCCCAACAAUCACACUGCACGAUUGUCUCGCGGCGUUUUUCAGUACUGAUGAACUUAAAGGAGAUAAUAUGUAUAGUUGUGAAAGAUGUAAUAAGUUAAGGAAUGGUAUUAAAUAUAGUAAGGUUUUACAACUUCCUGAGGUGCUUUGUAUACAUUUAAAAAGAUUCCGCCACGAAUUAAUGUUUAGUAGUAAAAUUUCCUCAACGGUUAGUUUUCCAUUAAAAGGUUUAGACAUGAAACCGUAUCUUCACGCCGAUUGUUCCUCACAAGUAACAACUUACGAAUUAUUUUCGGUAAUUUGUCAUCAUGGAACAGCCGGGGGUGGUCAUUAUAUGUGUUACGCUUUAAAUAACGGCCAAUGGUAUGAAUUUGACGAUCAAUAUGUAACGAGAGUUUCUUCAGAAACCGUGGGCGUGUGCGAAGCUUACGUUUUGUUUUAUCGAAAAGUCCCGGUUGAUGUUGAAUCGGUUUUAGAGAAAAUGAAAGAUUUGCAAGAUAAUGCGGUUGGGAUUCAAGAAGAAGAAUGUUAUUACAUAUCGAAACAAUGGUUAAGUAGAUUUUUUACGUGUGCUGAACCCGGCCCGAUAGAUAACCGCGACUUUUUGUGUCAACACGGGUUAAUUUGCCCGGAUCAAGGGAUUAAUUUAGAUCAAUUAGCGACGGCUGUUCCAAAAAAAGUGUACACAUUUUUGUUUAGAAAGUACGGUGGGCACCCGGCUUCUCCAACAACAAACGUUUGUCCGACUUGUCACGCGUUAUUAACACGUUUAGUGUUAGAAAUGCAAACUUUAAAACAAUUAAACUUACAAUCACAAGAACAAGACGUUCAAGCGACGCAUUUAUUACCAAAAAGUUGGUAUCAAAAUUGGUUGGCGUAUGUACAAAGGAUUACGAUAGACCCGCCGGGUCCAAUUGAUAAUUCAAAAGCGACGGAAUAUUUAAAUGAAAUUAAUUCGGAUUUCGCUGAAGUUAGUGAAGAUAUUUGGAACUUUUUUUAUUCUAUUUAUGGUGGUGGGCCGGAAAUAAGGAUUAAUAACGUUAAAGAUGAGGAGGAAGAAAUAAUUAGCGAAGAAAAUAAAUCGGUUUUAAUAGGAGGAAAGAGUGCUAAUCAUAUUGAUAAGAAAAUGUAUUGUAGAGGUGAACCAAUGGAAACGGAAAGCGAAACGGAUAAUAUUAAUGUAUCAAUGAUAACCGAUGAAGUUUGUCAGGAAAAUGGUAGCGUUAAAGAAAACGGGGAAGACGUUGAUGGCUUUAAUGAUGAGAUUCAGAAUCAUAAUAUGAUGAACGGCAACGUUUCGAAUACUUCCUUGACGGAUGACGAAGUAACGGAGCUGGUUAAUGUGAAAAAGUCAAAAUCUUAUAACAGGAGGAAGAAGAGAGAUAACUUUUAAUUGAUUGUGAAUUAUUUUUCAGGUUUUUAUUUGUAUUUUCCAAUGCAUACUACACAAUUUAAAGAAAGCAAUAUAUUUUUCAAAAUAAUUGUA